AGUACCAGAAUAUUAUUAUUGGUGGGAUAUUAUGCUGAAAAGAAAAAAAACAGGUCGAAUACUUAUCAAUAUUCGUCCAAAAGAUUCAAAGAAAAUAAGUAAACUUUUGAGACAGCUACGGUGUUCUAUCCGAAAUUCUGCGUGUUGCAAAUAAAUUGUGUCUUUCUCAGAAAAUCAAAAUCAAAAAUCUUUUAAAGUCAAUAGAGAAUUGUUGAAUUGACAUACUAAAAUGCUUAAAAAAUCAUGUUCGUAAAGAAAUAUUUGAAUAGAUAAUUUUAUUACCACAGUCUUUUCUUUUGUCAUAAACAACUUGUUUGGAGGCUGUUUGAACAUGACUCAUAUACGCGGUAAACCUCAUAUAUUGCCUUAGAAACGCUUACAAUAUUAUACAACUAUCUAUAAUUAAAUAGAAUGUAAGAAAUAGUUGGGUUAAUAACUCAAAUCAACAGGUACGACCGUGAUUAAUGUAUGCUGUGACGGUAAGGAAUGAUUAGAAAUGUUCAUUACGAUGUAUACCCUCAAGUUACAAUAAGAAAUUGAUAGAAUGGAAAUAAAUAGAAUGAUAGGAAUGAAAUACAUCAAAAAAUGAACAUUCAUAACCAAAUUCCAAAUUUGUUUUGGAAUCAUUCAUCUUUGUAUUUAUCUAUUUUUUUUUUGGAAUUGAUAGAAUGAGUAAUCAAUUCUAUUAAUGUCAAAUAGUAAAAAAAAUUUAGAGUUAAUGGAACAAGACAUUCCACAUCAUUUCAUUCCAAAAAUCAGUAAUCCAGUUGUUAUUAAUUAAUUGCUGUUCGUACAGUUGAACACUUAUAUAUUUAUAUAUAUACAAUAUGAAUGGUGAAUUUUUAUUUGAGUUUAUAUAUAUAUAGAUUGAAACCAAUUUAGUGUUAUUAAUAAAAAAAAAAUGGAGGGUAAGAAAAUAAUAAAUUGAUUUAGUCAAAACCCAGCCAAAUGCAUUGCCUCAGUGAAUAUAUAUAUUGCAUCUUUGAGAACUCAUUAAUUACUCUUCACUUCAAACACAGACCAAAAGAAAGAAAGCCAAACAUAAUCAAGAACAAUGUCUAUCUUCAUUUGUUUUCUCUUACUCUUCCCUCUCUUGUUGAUUUUCUCUAAAAAGUUUUUACCUUCGAAAGAGAAGCUUCCACCUGGACCUACCGGUCUACCGAUAAUCGGAAACUUGCACCAGUUUGGAAGAUUUCUUCACAAAUCUCUUCACAAAAUCUCCCAAGAAUAUGGACCGGUGAUGCUUCUCCAUUUCGGGGUAGUCCCCGUGAUCAUUGUCUCUUCCAAAGAAGGAGCUGAGGAAGUGCUCAAGACUCAUGAUCUUGAGACCUGUAGCCGACCUAAGACGGUAGGGACGGGGUUGUUUACUUACAACUUUAAAGACGUUGGUUUUGCUCCUUUUGGUGAGAACUGGAGAGAGAUGAGGAAAAUCAUGGUGCUCGAGCUCUUUAGCCAGAAAAAACUGAAGUCCUUCAGGUAUAUUAGAGAGGAAGAGAGCGAGUUGUUGGUCAAGAAGGUGUCAAAUUCAGCUAAUGAGAAACCAACCUCAUCAGUUGAUUUGAGAAAAGUCAUUUUCUCCUACGCGGCCAGCAUCAUUUGUAGACUCGCUUUUGGACAGAACUUCCACGAGUGUGAUUUUGUGGAUAUGGAGAGAGUAGAAGAGUUGGUCCUUGAGUCAGAGACCAACCUCGGCUCGUUGUCGUUGGCCGACUUCUUCCCUGCGGGAUGGCUCAUUGACCGGAUCUCCGGCCAGCACUCGAGGCUGAACAAAGCCUUUGCCAAACUCACCACUUUCUUUGAGCAUGUGAUUGAUGAUCAUUUGAAGACUGGACAGCCCCAAGAUCACUCAGACAUCAUCAGUGUCAUGUUGGAUAUGAUCAAUAAGCCCAAUAAAGUCGGCUCCUUUAAAGUCACCGAUGACCAUCUCAGAGGAGUCAUGUCGGACGUAUUUUUGGCUGGAGUAAACGCAGGAGCCAUCACAAUGAUAUGGACAAUGACAGAGCUAAGCAGACAUCCGUUAGUUAUGAAAAAACUCCAAGAAAAAAUUCGAGCAACACUCGGACCCAACAAAGAGAGAAUCACAGAAGAAGAUCUAGAGAAAGUUGAGUACUUGAAGCUGGUGAUCGAGGAAACAUUCAGAUUACACCCACCAGCUCCUCUCUUGCUCCCAAGGCUUACAAUGUCCGACAUCAAGAUUCAAGGCUAUAACAUCCCCAAGAACACCAUGAUCCAAAUCAACACUUACACGAUAGGACGCGAUCCCAAAAACUAUACAAAACCAGAAGAGUUCAUCCCCGAGAGGUUUGUAGAUAACCCUAUAGAAUAUAAAGGUAAGCAUUUUGAGCUAUUGCCGUUCGGAUCCGGACGUAGGGUCUGUCCUGGGAUGGCCACGGGGAUCGCCAUGGUUGAGCUCUGCCUUCUCAGCCUUCUUUACUUCUUUGAUUGGACUUUGCCUGAGGGAAUGACCAUUAAAGACAUUGACAUGGAGGAAGACGGAUCUUUCGUCAUCGCCAAGAAAGUUCCUCUAGAACUCGUACCAACUCUUCAUCGCUGGUGAAGAAUGUAAUAAACUAAUAAUUUAAAUAAGGUCAAUAUUUCUCUAUAUUUCUCUACUUUAUUAUCGGUAUGGCUUUUUUUUUUUUUAUGUUUUAUAUCCUUUCUUGUAAUAAGUGUAUUUCAUGUUUGUAACAAUGUUUAAAAUAAUUUUAAUAAACUUAUAGUUUAAUCUAAUAGUGUAUCUUCAAUUUUUUUAUUGAAAGGGUUCCAUUGUAUAAAUCCCCAUUUUAAUUUAACAUAUCCUUUGCAAAAAAAAUU